AUGGAUAAAAGUAAAGCGUUUGCGAGUCUUCCGCCAUUCGCAUACACUGCUAUUUCGAUGGCUGAGCGCAGAAAUAAAUGGCACACAUGGAAGCGUGGCUUCGAAAUAUGUCUUCGAGCUGCAAAAGUGACGGAACCAGUAGAGAAAAAAGAUUUGCUUCUGGCUCAGGGUGGUUUCGAAUUACAAGAGAUCUUUUUUAAUAUUCCUGGCGCAGACGUGAACGAAGAUAAAGAAAAAAACAUUGAUCCAUACGUGGUGGCAAUGGACAAACUGGACCAUUAUUUCGCACCAUUACGGCAUGAAGCUCACGAGCGAUACAUGUUUUGGUCGAUGAAACCGGAACCAGAUGAGAGCUUGGAGAAGUUUCUGAUGAGAGCACAGGUCAAUGCUGGAAAAUGCAAUCUCGGAAAAACGACCGUUGAGAGUUCUAAUAUUGCAGUAAUUGACAAGAUGUUGCAAUUUGUUCCGAUUCAAUUGCGCGAAAGGUUGCUUCAUGAAACAGAGUUGACAUUAGAGGAGGUUAUAAAACAAGUCAAUGCAUUUGAAACAACCCGGUUGGCUAGUGAGCAGAUAAGUGGACUGGGAAUUUUACAACAAACGAAACCGCAACCCAUUGAGAAUGUACAGCAUAUACAAAUAAACUGUAAAUUUUGUGGGAAAUGCCAUAUGAAGGGACGAUGCCCUGCUUGGAACAAAACAUGUUCGAAUUGCGGAAAACGGGGCCAUUUUCAUACCGUUUGUUUUGGCCGUACGGGAAUCAAUUUAGACAGGAGUACACCGGAGUUAAUUCAGAAACAGAAAAGAAGUUUUGGGCAAUCUUUUCCAUCUCACUCACGACCUUUCGGAAGCAAACGUAUUCAGUCGUCGAGACGAUUGCAUGCCAUCACUGAUGCAGAGUCCGACAGUGAACUAAUUGAAAUGGUAUCAUCAGCCAGCGAUUCGGAUGAAUUGGUGUGGACAAAGGUUGGUGGAGUGAUGAUAGAAAUGCAGAUCGACUCCGGAGCUCAAUCCAACAUAAUUGAUAAUAAAACCUGGAAUGUAAUGAGGCGGAAUGGGGUACAGAUCAAUGGCGAGAUCCAGCAUCCGGAUAAAAAGUUUAAAGCAUAUGCUCAAGAAAACUGCCUUGUUGUACAAGCGAUGUUUGAUGCUGAAAUUAUCAUUAGCGACGGGGAUGAGCAGCUUAGAUCGGAUGCACGUUUCUACGUGAUUCAAGAUGGACCGCAACCACUACUGGGGAAGAAAACUGCUACGGAAUUAGGAGUACUGAUGGUAGGUCUGCCUAGUCAGCAGGAACAGAUACGAAACAUAAAUACAUUCAGACGAUUUCCCAGUAUUCGUGGAGUGAAAAUUCAUUUGCCAGUUGACUAUUCAAUACGACCAGUGGUUCAAAGAUUGCGAAGAUUGCCAUUCGCUACACUUACUCGAGUAGAAGAAAAGCUGAAUGAGUUGUUGGUUAAAGACGUCAUUGAAAAGGUUUCCGAGCCAAGUCGUUGGGUAUCUCCAUUGGUAGUUGUCAUCAAAGACAGCGGAGAUAUAAGACUUUGCAUUGACAUGAGGCAGGUAAAUAAAGCCAUCUUGCGCGAAACCCAUCCACUUCCAACAAUUGAAGACAUUCGUUGGAAAUUAAACGGAGCUGUUUAUUUUUCUCGAUUGGAUAUAAAGGAUGCGUUUUAUCAGCUCGAAUUGGAUGAAGAGAGUAAACCAUUGACAACCUUCAUAACACAUAAAGGUUUGUAUCGGUAUAAACGUUUAGUCUUCGGAAUAUCGUGUGCACCAGAAAUGUUCCAAAAAGUUAUUGAACAAAUCCUAUCUGAUUGUAAGAACGCGAUCAAUUUCAUUGACGAUAUCGUUGUGGUAGGAAGUACUGAACAAGAGCACGAUGAAGCUCUUCGAGAUGUAUUGGAUAAAUGUCGGGAUUAUAAUAUCCUGCUCAAUGAAUCCAAGUGUGUUUACAAGUUGAAUGAAAUCGACUUUUUGGGUCACCGGUUCAAUCAACAAGGAAUAACUCCGUCACAGAGCAAAAUAGAUGCGAUUGCAAGUUUCCGUUCCCCUAAUAGUUGCGAAGAGGUCAGAAGUUUUCUGGGUUUGAUUAACUAUUUUUCCGAUGGGGAUCGAUAG